AUGCCAGCGUCCUCAAUCCAGUCGUUCUUCUCGUCCUCGCCGACCAAGAAUAGCGACGGCUUCACAGCAGAAGAAGUGCAGUCAGCGCUGCAACCAUCCGGACCCUCGCAAUCAACCACAUGGAUCCCCACACUCGACUACGAAGAAAUCAGCCUCGGCGACCUGCAGCCCGGCCCCGGCAACCGCACCCUCACAGGCCGCGUAGUAAACUUCUACGAGAUGGCGAAGCCCAGCAAGCGCCACAAAGCAGCCCAAGGCUACAUCAAGAUCAUGCUCGCGGACGACACGGGCGUGCUCACCGUGCGGCUGUGGUACGCGAAUACAGUGUAUAAGGUAAGGUUGGGCCAGCUCGUCUCGCUGUGGACGGUGCAUGUGUCGAAUAGCGCGGAGCACAAUUCGUUGGCGCCUAAUACUGCGCCGUUGUUUACGUCGAUUUUCCCGGAGGGGGAGAGGCAUUGCUGGUUCAUGACGCAUGAGAAUAGUGAUGAUGGGACGCAGUUUAGACGGCCGUUUGGUUGUGGGGAUUCGAAGACGUUGCCGGGGUUGAUGACACUUAGGAGCUUUGCUGAUGGGGGGUAUGAUGUCGAUGAUCCGAAGCUGAUGGUUUGUGUUAAGAGCAUUGGGGCGAAAAAGAGGUAUAUCAAUAGGAACUCGACUACCAGUGAACUGAUCUCGCUCGGCAUCUUCGACGACACGGCUGACGCCCAAUUGACACUCUACGCCCCCCUCUGCGACUCAGCCUCCACCUUCCAACCCUCCAAGACCGUCCUCCUCAUCUCCAACCCGGGAUGGCGCAUCGACAAAACCGCCAAGUUGACCCUGAACGGCAACUCACGUGUAGACAUCGACCCCGAGCUCGGCGAUGCGCGCCGUCUACGUGCCCUCGCGCAGCGUCUCACAAAGAAAGAACACGUCAACCCCCCAUUUCCAGACGUCGAUGUUAGUGACUACGAGACCGCGCCGGUCCGCGCUCUGUUCAGACUGGCGGAGGUGGACGACUUCGCACGGGCAAAUCCACGGGAAAGACUGGUAGGAUAUAUAUCCGUCAUCAUCACCGAGCUCAACAUUGUGGUGCCGUUCAAGCGGAACAUGCUCCUGUCCAACGAGUGCUGUGGGAUUCCGGUGUUUGCCAAUACACUGAAGGUGCAGUGCAAGCAGUGCGACAAGGAGAUUGACCUGCGCGUCAAUCCGCGAAUUCUCGGCCCUGUCAUUGACGAAACUGGCCAGAUUGCCAGCGGAAAACUCAUCUUGUCUGAUCAGGCGUGGACACAGCUCCUCGGUCGCACGCCGGAGCAACUCGUCGCGACUAGUGUUGAUGUGUUGCGGUAUCUGGAGCAGAGGCUUCUCCUGCUGCGGGUGACGAUGGGGUUUGCAGUCAAGUUGGAGGACGAAGUGGGCCGGCUGGGGGUGUGGUGCGUGAAGAAUUGAGGCUGUUAAACAUGCGAAAGUGAUCGACCACUCCUGCAGCGCGUUGAUUGGAUCAUACCCACUUCAACAUUUACAUGGCGGUGGGAUGGUAUGACGUCAACGGUGUUGUAAUGUGAGUUGUGUUAGUGGUUACUUCCAAGAUGAGAAAAGAGUGAGUGAAUGCGUCGAUUUCAAGAUUAGGUUCACAGUUUGUGUCUGGUGUGUCGUCAUAGCUGAAGGUGGUGUUUCAUGGCGGUGGCUGUAUGCUAUGCGAGUCGCGUCUCAGCUUCAGUGCUUACCAUCAGCGUCGAUUGGCGAGGAUAGGUACGGCUCAGGCUGGACGCCUUGGUGUCUUGGUGUUAGUUGUCCAGCUCUGAAGAUGGAAGGUGGUGGUUGAGUGCAGCAAAGGGCGAUGCAAAGGGCUAGACGAGCUGGAUAGUCGGUUC